AUGACGUCGCGUCGAAUCAUUAAUCGAGAACAGAGACAGUGCUCACAGAUUCGGCCGUAUUUGUAUGUAUCUGGAUUGGCUGCACUCUCUCCGAGAGUCCUUUCUCGUUUCUGCGUCUGCAUCAAUUUGAUUCCGGGAUUCCGACUCUCGGCUCCACCUCACAUGAAAGUGGUCCACCUACCACUUCAGGACAACGAGACAACUGAUCUUUCACCACAUUGGGCGAAUGUUUAUAAGGAAAUCGAAGAGGCUCGGAAAGGGGCAGGAAGGGCUCUCUUGUUAUGUGCAAUGGGUAUUUCUCGUUCGGCAACUUUUGCUAUUGCUUAUGUGAUGCAACAGGAAAAAAAAACGCUACACGACUCUUACAAAGCCGUUCAACUGGCUCGCAACAUCGUUUGUCCGAACGUUGGAUUCUUCCAACAACUCAUCGAUCUUGAGCAAAAGCUCCGCGGAAAAGUCUCGUGCAAAAUUAUUGAACCACUGCCAGGAUGCAAAGUACCAGACGUCAUCUGGCAAGAGCUUUACGACGAGAUGAUUAUGAGUAUGAGCCAAGAUGACAGACACUCUCUUGCAUCUUGCAAUUUGUCGGCGAGAAGCACUACAAAUGAUACAAUGUCUCUCCGAUCACUCAACAUGGUGAAUGAUACUUCAAGAUCUCUCGCCUCAUUUCACUUGACUCAUCGUCCAAUCGGAGCAUCUCCAACACUUCUAGUCCCUUCAUCCUCUUCUUCUUCCUCUGUUCGAGGCCCGAUUCCACUCCAACGAGCUCAUACAGAACCACCAAAAGAAGCAUCCAUCCUUCCGAAAAGUGCUCUUCGAGACAAGUCAAAAUCUGGAGAAAAGAAGAAAAAAUGGCGUCUGAGCUUUCAUAAAGAUGUCGUGUAA